GUUGUUGGAGACUGACUGAAGGGUUAGCAUAUGAACUGUAGAAGUCUUUCACCAUGAGUAUUAUAACCAGCCUGCUUCUGAUUACAGUGUUCUUAAAAAGUGUUCAAUGUCAGACACUGACUGAGUCAGAACCAGCAGUUAAAAAACCUGGAGAAUCCCACAAACUGACCUGUACAGCCUCUGGGUUCACAUUCAGCAGCUACAGGAUGAGCUGGAUCAGACAGGCUCCUGGGAAGGGACUGGAGUGGGUUGCCUACAUAAGCACACAGAGUUCACCCAUCUACUAUUCCAAAUCAGUUGACGGAAGAUUCAUUAUAUCCAGAGAUGACUCCAACAGCAAGCUGUACCUGCAGAUGAACAGGCUGACAGCUGAAGACUCUGCUGUGUAUUACUGUGCCAGAUACCCACACUAUAGCUACUUUGACUACUGGGGUAAAGGCACUCAAGUCACCGUUGCCACACAAUGUGCACCAACCUCCCUCUUGCCUCUAACGGAAUGCGGGUCUAAAAAACCCAACGAUCAGCUGACCCUGGUCUGCAUCGCCCGCAACUUUUCGCCUGCUUCUUCCGUGACCUUCCGGUGGAAGGGCCCCAGCGGAACAGCCGUGUCUGACUUCACUCAGUACCCACCAGUGCAGAUCGAUGGGUUCUACACAAGCAUCAGUCAUGUCAGUGUAAAAGCGGCAGAGCGGGAGUCCUACAGUUGCUCCGUGACCCAUCCCUCACAGUGUAUGAACAAGGAAGUGUUUUUCCCGAAACCAGAACAGUCCUCAGAAAAACCCUGUCUGGAGGUGACCCUGAAGCCCCCAAAGAUGAGCGAAUUGUUUGUAAAUAACCAGGCUGUGCUGGACUGCGUCAUCACUGGGGGAGAUGAGGCAGCAGUGGAGAGAGCCAAAGUUACCUGGACACCGAGUGGAAACACCUCGAGUGAGAUCACUCGGCACGGACAUGUGUUCAGGAAGACCAGCACUCUGACUCUGGGACGGGAACGCUGGUUCACCGAGCAAAAUGUUGAGUGCUCUGUCCAACAGAAGAACAGCGAAAAGUCAGCCAUCAAAAAGUCUUUCAGCCGGAACACCAGCGCGUCAAAAGUUCCCGAGGUGGUUUUAAUCACACCCAUAAAACAGGACAGCGAGUUUGUCUCCCUGGUCUGUGUAGUGACAGGCUUCUCUCCCUGGGACGUGUUCGUCAUGUGGACAGUGGAUAAAGGAUCCUAUGAAGAGGGCAUCACCAGUGAGCCUGUGAAGUGCUACGAUGGCACCUACUCUGUCACAAGUUUUUUCAAAGUCUCGACAGCGAAGUGGGAGUCCAAGUCCAAAGUCACCUGCAAUGUGAAGCAUGUUUCUAUGGCCAAUGGAGCAGCCCCUCUCACAAAAUCUGUGUCCAAAGCACCUGAACAGUCCUCAGAAAAACCCUGUCUGGAGGUGACCCUGAAGCCCCCAAAGAUGAGCGAAUUGUUUGUAAAUAACCGGGCUGUGCUGGACUGCGUCAUCACUGGGGGAGAGAAGGCAGCAGUGGAGGGAGCCAGCGUUACCUGGACACCGAGUGGAACAGGCACCUCGAUCAAUGAGGGUCAGAUCACAAAGGACGGACAUGUGUUCAGGAAGACCAGCACUCUGACUCUGGGACAGGCACGCUGGUUCACCGAGCAAAAUGUUCAGUGCUCUGUCCAACAGCAGAACAGCGAUAAGCCGGCCAUCACAAAAUCUUUCAGCCGGAACAACAGUGGGUUAAAAGCUCCCAAGGUGGUUAUAUACACAACCUCAGAAGAAGAAGACAGUGAGUUUGUCUCUCUGGUCUGUGUAGUGACUGGCUUCUCUCCCCGGGACGUGUUCGUCAUGUGGAGAGUGGAUGAUGGAUCCUAUGAAGAGGGCAUCACCAGUGAGCCUGUGGAGAGCAAACAUGGCACCUUCUCUGUCACAAGUUUUUUCAAAGUCCCGACAGCGAAGUGGAAGUCCCAGUCCAAAGUCGCCUGCAAUGUGAAGCAUGUUUCUGUGGCCAAUGGAGCAGUCGCUAUCACAAAAUCUGUGUCCAGAGCAACUGACCCACCCUGUCUGGAGGUGACCCUGAAUCCCCCAAAGGCGAGAGAAUUGUUUGUAAAUAACCAGGCUGUGCUGGACUGCGUUAUCACUGGGGGAGAUGAGGCAGCAGUGGAGGGAGCCAGCGUUACCUGGACACCGAGUGGAACGAGCAAAGAGAGUCAGACCACUCGGCACGGACAUGUGUUCAGGAAGAACAGCACUCUGGCUCUGGGACAGGAACACUGGUUCACCGAGAAAAAUGUUCAGUGCUCUGUCCAACAGCAGAACAGCGAAAAGCCGGCCAUCAAAAGAUCUUUCAGCCGGAACACCAGCGGGUUAAAAGCUCCCAAGGUGGUUAUAAACACACCCUCAGAAGAGGACGGCAGUGGGUUUGUCUCUCUGGUCUGUGUAGUGACGGGCUUCUCUCCCCGGGAUGUGUUCGUCAUGUGGAGAGUGGAUGAUGGAUCCUAUGAAGAGGGCAUCACCAGUGAGCCUGUGGAGAGCAAAAACGACGGCUUCUCUGUCACAAGUUUUUUCAAUGUCUCGACAGCGGAGUGGAAGUCCCAGUCCAAAGUCGCCUGCAAUGUGAAGCACGUUUCUGUGGACAAUGGAGCAGCCCCUAUCAUAAAAUCUGUGUCCAGAGCAACUGGUAAUUCCAUUGAAUGCGACUAAAUCUCCACACAUAGAAUGUCCUCGGUGAAUAAAACCCACAACGACUGCACACUGGCCUCAUGCACACAGUCUAAUGUUCAGUAAUUACAGUGGUGCUACAGCCCUGUAUACACAGCAUAACAAAGUGCUGGGACAUCAGUGUUUAGCACCAUCUUGUACCGUGAUGUGAUUGGUCACUAUUGUCUGUAGGAUUGCCAGGUGGUGGAUAUGUGUGGUUCUUGUUCACCUGGGGUAACUGACACCCUCCAUUACCCGUUGUUUCCUGUCAUGUGUGGUAGCUUCUCUUUGUCUGUUUGUUCAUUUUGUUUGUUUGUUUUGCUUGUAUCCCCAUUAGCUGUUGCACGUGCGGCAAUUACACUUCCUGAGGUCUACACAAAACAUUAAAAACAUGACAUAGUACAGGAUAGUAAUCGACAAAAAUAGAACAGUAACAAAAUAUGAUAUUUGCAAAUAUUUUAAAUAAUUUUGUUUUUUUGCUGUCACUGUUUCUUGUUAUGUAAAAACGUGUAUGACUUUUUGUACUGUGCUGUCAUGUGCAAUUUGUUUGCUCCUGUUGUUUGCUGCUGUAGAUGUUCUUGUAGUCACCGUCUUGGUCAUUGUGUGCUCAUAUUAAUGCAACUUGCAGGAAGGGUGUGAAAAUAUAAAUAAAUAUUAGUGCAUUUGA